AUGGACAAAUUUUUUUUCUUUCUAUCUUUUGGAAAAAAACAUUUGCAGUUUUCUUUCUUUCCAUUCUGUCGUUUUCUUUUCUUUUCUUUCUUUUUUCUUUCUUUCUUUUCUUCAUUCUUUUUUCUCUUUUCUGUCUUUCUUUUCUUCCAUUCUGUCGUUAGUUCUUUUUCUUUUCUUUCUUUCUUUCUUUCUUUUUUUCUUUAUUCUUUUUCUUUUCUCUUCCAUUUUUUUAGUUUUUUUUUCUUUCUUUCUUUCUUUCUUUCUUUUCUUUUUCUUUUUUCUCUUUUUUUUCUUUUUUCCAUUUGUUUUUCUUUUUCUUUCUUUUUUUUUUCUUUCUUUCUUUCUUUUCUUUAUUUUUUUCUCUGCUCUUUUUCUUCCAUUCUGUCGUUAGUUCUUUUUCUUUCUUUCUUUCUUACUUUCUUUCUUUCUUUCUUUCUUUCUUUCUUUCUUUUUUUCUUUCCUUUUGUUUUCUUCUUUCCUCCUUUUCCCCAUUCACGUUUUUAUUUUUUUCCUUCUUUCCUUUUUCUUUUUUUCUUUCUUUAUUUUUGUCUUCAUUCUAUUUUUUCAAUGACUUUCUUUUCUUUUUUUUUUAUUUUUUUUUCUUUUUUCCCAUCUUUACUUUGUUCUUUCUUUCUUUCUUUCUUUUUUCUUUCUUUCUUUCUUUGUCCUUUCUUUCAUUUAUUCUUUGUUUCCAUUUUUUUUACUUUUUUGUUUUUUUUCUUUUUUCUUUCUUUCUUUUUUUUUUCUUUCUUUUUUCUUUCUUUUGUCUUGUCAAAUUAUUCCUUUUCUUUCUUUGAAAAAAUUUUCUUUCUUUCUUUCUUUCUUUCUUUAUUUUUUUUCUUUUUCCAUUCUAUUUUUCUUUCAUUUCCCAUCCAUUUUUUCGUUCUUUUCUUUUUUUUCUAUUUUCCCUUCAUUUUCUUUUUUUCAUUCUUUUCUUUUCUUUUUUUCUUUUUGGUCUUUUUUUUUUCUUUCUUUUUUUUUUCAUUCUAUUUUUGUUCUUGUUUUAUUCUUUUUCAUUUCCUUUUUUUCCUUUUUUUCUUUCAUUCCAUUGUUUUCUUUCUUUUUUCCGUUUUUAUUUUUCCUUUUUAUUUUUCUGCUAUACAUUCUUUCUUCCUUUUUGUUAUUCGUUUCUCUUUUUUCUUUCUUUCUUUCUUUCUUUUUUCUUUCUUUCUUUAUUUCUCUCUUUUUUCUUUUUUUCUCUCUUUUUUCUUUCUUUCUUUCUCUCUUUUUUCUUUUUUUCUUUCUUUCUUUCUUUCUUUUUUCUUUCUUUCUUUCUUUCUUUCUUUCUUUCUUAUUCACCCCAGAUACUACUGUUUAUAUCUAUCUAUCUAUCUAUCUAUCUAUCUAUCUAUCUAUCUAUCUCAGUUUUGUCCAUAUCUAUCUAUCUAUCUAUCUAUGUCUGUUCAUAUCCAUCUACCUAUUUUAAUCUGUUCCUAUCUAUCUAUCUAUCUAUCUAUCUAUCUAUAG